AUGGCGUACCCUGCAGGCCCCUGGUUCGACCCCGGGGUCUUUGGCCUGCCCGCUGCCGUGCCCACGCAGAGCAGCGUGCGCAGCGCGUCGCCCAGUCACACCCACUCGGGCGGCACGCCCAGCUUCAGUGGGUCCAUGGGCGCCGCCUUCGGGACCAACCCCCACGAGGCCUACGGCGGCCAGCCCGGCCCUGCCGGCUCGCGGUACCGUGGCGUGUCGUACGACCGCAAGAAGGCAAAGUGGCGGGUGCAGAUCAAGGUGGCGGCGCUGGGCAAGUCCGGCGUGAGCGUUGGGUACUACGACACGGAGGAGGCGGCGGCACGCGCCUAUGACCGCGCGGCCAUCGGCCUGCUGGGCCGCGACUCGCACAGCCUGCAGACCAACUACGGGCUGGGGGACUACGCGGGCGAGUCCAUCCCGCGCCUGGCGGGGAAGUCGCGCGAGGAGGUGAAGACGACGCUGAAGAGCGAGCGCAUCAAGGCCGCGCCGCGGCGCCGCUUCACCUCGCGCCAGCGCACCUCGCGCUUCAUGGGCGUGGGCAGCAGCAACCGCAAGAACCAGUGGCAGGCGCGCAUCCUGGUGCACGGAAAGGUGACGCACCUGGGGUACUACGAGACCGAGGCCGAGGCCGCGCGCGUGUACGACCGCGUGUCCAUCGCGCUGCACGGCGACGCGGCGCAGACCAACUUCCCCGCCGCCGAGUACCCGCGCGACGAGCUGCGCGCCUUUGGCGGGCUGGAGCGGGAGGACCUGCAGCGCGCGCUUGGGGUGAAGCCCAUGGACAAGUCGUCGCGCUACCGCGGCGUGUCCAAGAAAAAGGGGCGCUGGGAGGCCAAGGUCAUGGUCAACCGGCGCUGGGCCUACCGCGAGCUGUUCGACAGCGAGGAGGAGGCCGCGCGCGCGUACGACAGCGCGCUGUGGCGCCUGAAGCCCAAGGAGGCGCGGUCCUACGUAAACUUCAAGGACGAGGCCAGCGCGCGCGCCGGCGGCGGCGGCCACGCCGGCGGCGGGGAGGGUGCCGGCGCCUCCGACGCCUCCGACGCCGACCCGGACUUGAGCAGCGGCGAGGAGGACGAGGCAUCGGACGCCGGGUCGGAGUUCUCCGGCUCCGAGCUGGGCCUCGGCUUCUCGCUGGCCGCCACGGGCGCGCGCCCGCGCUCGCGCCGCGUCGGCUCCGCGCCCAACCUCGCGCGCUGGGCGAUGAGCCAGCAGGCUGCAGGCGGUGCCGGCGCCGGCGCCUGGCCCCCCGGCGGCUGGGCGACCGGCGGUGGGGCGGCGGGGCCCCCUCUCGCGCGCAGCUUCAGCGGAACGCCCUCGGAGAACGCGCCCGUGGACGAGGAGGGCGCGCGCGCGCUCAGCGACCCCCUCCUGGACCGGUUCGGCAGCGGUGUCGGCGGCGCCGUCGGCGGCGCGCCACGCCGGCCGCCAGCCGCCGCGACGCUGGGCAAGCGCGACGCGCCCGGCGCGCGCGCUCUGCCGCGCACCGCCUCCGAGCCGCACUUCCCCUCUGUCAAGCUGGAGGAGGGGUGGACCCCUGCCCCCGUCCUGGGCGAGGUGGCAGAGCUGCUGUACGACGACGACUUCUUUGCGCUGGCCUUCGAGGGCGGCGGCGGCGCGACCCCGGGCACCGGCCCGGCGCGCGGGGGCGGCUCGGGUCCCGCCGCCGCCGCCCUGACCUUUGACAUGGACUUUGAGACCGCGGGGCUGCUGGACUUCAUCAAGGACAUGCCAGACGCCGGCGCGGGGCCCAGCCUGGGCAAGUCGCGCUCGGCGGUGGACCUCAGCAGCUGGGACCCGGCCAGCGCCGACGGCUCGGGCGGGGCCAAGCUCGGCCCCCUGGGCCAUCCCAUCCGCCGCAUCAACACCUUUGCCACCAAGCUGCCGACCUUUGAGGAGGUGGAGGAGCGGGCGGCGGAAGGGGGCUACGCCUCGGACCACCUCACGCCACGCAAGAAUGGCAACCAGGGGGAGGACGAUUUGGUGGCGCAGCUGAUGGAGCCCAGCACCUCCCAGAUGGAGCACGACUAUUCCAUGGAUCUGCUGACUUGA